UCCUCGAGUCACUCAUCCUUUAAGUAGUCAGGGUGGGGCUGGCUGCGCGUGCGCAGUUUUAAUACUCCUCCCAAACUGCCAACUCUUCGCGCAGGCGAGUUAGGCUCGUUUUGCCUCUGUUUACGCGUGCGCCUUAACGGGUUUAGCCCCGGAAGACCAGACGCCUGCGCAGUGGGGACUGCGGUGACAGUCCUACGGGUGGGGUGCAGGCCAGUCAUGGCGGAGUCUUGGUCUGGGCAGUUCUUGCAGACUCUGCCGGCCACGGUGCUGGGGGCUCUGGGCGCCUUGGGUAACGAGUUCCUGCGGGAGUGGGAGGCGCAGGACAUGCGCGUGACCCUCUUCAAGCUGCUGUUGCUGUGGUUGGUGUUAAGUCUCCUGGGCAUCCAGCUGGCUUGGGGGUUCUACGGGAGCACGGUGACCGGGCUGUAUCACCGCCCAGACCCCCAACCCAGCCCCCUGCAGCUCUGGAUGUGUUCCUGCCCCCAGGUCUGGGCGGCCAGAACGGAUCCACACCUGAUGGCUCCACGCAUUUCCCUUCGUGGGAAACAGCUGCAAACGAACCUCUCAAAACCCACAGAGAAUAAGGGAAGGCAGCAGAGGGGUCUCCAGGGACAUCGUCGGGUCUGCUGGCUCCCACAUUGGGUUCUACUGCUACCCAGACCCCAGGGAUGACUGCAGGGGGGUCAGGUUUGGGAGGCAGGGAGUACUCCAGUACUCGUGGGGCUGGGCCUCCACUGCCCUUGGCCUUUCCUCCAGCAGCCCCAGGCAUUGGGCCAGUAAAGUGUUCGCCUCUGCCCUGAUCCGGGUGCCUUAAGGAGAGAAUGCGGCUCCUCCUCUCUCAGGGGUCAGUUCAGGAGAAGCCUCCGAGAAGGCCAGCAGUCCAUUUUCUCUCUCGGCUUUUUCCUGCCCCCCUUCCCAUCCCCCUGGGAUGUGAGCCGAUAGAGACUUACCCCCCUGAGAGGAAGCCUGAGGUUGACCGGCUCUGGGAUUUGUAAGGGAAGUCCGUUUUCCCCUAAGCCCUAGGUUUUCCGAAUUUGGUUUUGCUGUUGUUGGCGGGGAGCCAGGAAUCUUGGCCUGGACACAACCUUAUACUCUGUGGUUACUUACUUGGCCAGUCAAGUAUAAGAAAGUGGGCAGCUGGCACCAUCCAGACAUGGAGGCACCAAACACCCACCUUCUUGGCCCACCCAGAGCUCUCCAGGUGUGAGCCAGACUACGGAAAUUAUCUUAUCGUGAGCAUCAUGCUCAUAUUCCUCUCAGUUCCUCUUGGAGGGAAACCGGGUACCUGAACGAGGCUGAGCCCCAGGGGGGACUCCCCACCUCCACCCCCACCACUUAAGUGCCCAUGGGGUUGUGGGUCUGUAGCCUGCCCCCUCAGAGAGAUUCUAGGCAGUCAGUGCAGGGCAGCCCCAUGCUGCCCUGCAGCCUCAUCACUCCCCACGUUGACCUGGAACCACAGGAGCUUCACCCCAAAAGGGACUCAGCUCCUCCCCACCAGCACCAUCCACACCCUUAAGAGUGCAGAGCCGCAGGCUACGCGGGCACGCCACUUCCAAAGGGGUGGAUGGCAAGCGCCAGUUCCUGAAGGCAGUGUGGCCCUAGGUCCGUCUCCCUCCCUGUGCGUCUGCCUGCUGUUCUGUUCGAUGUUGCAUUUCCAUCCGGCAGCCUUUGCCUAGAUCGUCCGCGGCAGAGGUGCGCUGGGAGUGGGACUCCUCUCCGUGCCCUUGCACGGGCACUCACAGCAGAGAUGCCUUCCAGCUGGCAGGAUGGUGGUUUUGUGCCCAGGUCCACCCACUGACACCACCACCACACACAAUCAGGGUCUCCGGUUCCUCCCCGGGCUCAACUGAGGAUGCGGCUUAUUAAAGAUGGAAGUACA